GAGCGGGCUAAGCCUGCUCUCCCUGCACACCCAGCAGCAGCUCUUCUCAUGGAUCACGAGAAGAGCUUCUGUGCCUCUCCCUGUUUGCUACUGUGUUUUCAGAAAAAGUAGCUUAAAACCAGCAUUUUAAAAAUCCGGGAGCACCCCUGCUAACUUGGCAAAGAGGCACCUUUUAACGUGGUGGUUCUCUUUAUUUAGGGGAGAGUAACUGGCCCUAUCCACCCCCAGCACAGUACCUCGAGUGACUGUUGCUGGCGUCUGUCUUGUGUUUCUUUUUAGACGGUGAGCCCUUUGGGGACAGGGAUCCAUCUUAUUUAUUUGUUGUUUCUCUGUGUAAACUGCCCUGAGCCAUUUUUGGAAGGGCGGUAUAGAAAUCAAUCAAAUAAAUAAAAUAAAAUAAUAAGCUAGAAUUCACAUCACAGGCCUGAUUUGUGUGUGGAGUGGGUCCAAGAAUCUCAAAGGGACGCCGGGGUAAGUUUGGCUGGUGUGUGAACACACACACUCUCCUCUGAAGUAGAUUCAGGGGUGAAACCCUGUCUGUAAAGCCUCCAGGUGGGAACAGGAUGUCACAGAACAUAGGAAAGUGUAAUGGGGAAGGGCUGUAGACCUUAGACCCUGUGAGUCUGGACCUCAGAUCAAUAAUGCCCCAGCUACCUGAACCAUGCUACUAAUAUGACUAGUAUUAUUUAUACACCACUUUUCAACAAAAAUGUUCUCAGUGGUUUUAAUAGAAAAAGGGUAGUUUUUCUAUUUUCCCUGUUCUCCAAAGGCUCACAGUCAAAAAGAAACAAGGAAGACAGCAGCCACUGCAGGAAUGCUGUCCUGAAAUUUGUUAGGACCAGUUACUCUCCUCCUGCUGAAUAUUAAGAGAAUCACCACUUUGAAAAGUGCCUCUUUGCCAAGCGAGCAGGAGACAGAGAAGAUUUCUAAGGCAGAAGAUGAAGGACGAGAUGCGUGGGAAAGAAGUUCUGGUGCAGUACAUUCCGAAUCAAGAAAAAUGUCAAGGUUGUACAUUCAUAAAUCUAACGUAAUCUUGUCUCCAACAAGCAAACCAAAGUCACAUCAUGGCAGGAAAAUUCAGAUUUGUGGGAGUCAUAGCCAUGCUGCCAUGGUUACCCAACAACCUUCCAGAACUGGUGAUGUCAUAAACUGGUGAUGCCUGGGAAGAGUUCAGUUUGCUACUGCGAUACGGGCCACACUAGAUGGUCAACAAUGUCAGUGGUCAACAAAAUUGUUUUCUGUGAGAGUGUAGAAGCCAAAUACUGGCAAAGAUUCAGUGCAUUUCCAUUCUAACACUCAACAUUUGCUUUGCUUUUAUUUAUUUAUAUCCUACCCUUUAUUUUGAGACCAUGAAUGAAGACGGGGUUCUAAGUGGUAGAGACAAUGAAGAAGAAGGGACAGCUACUGAUGAAGAACACUCUCCGGGGUGUUUCCAUGCUUCAGCUUUGUGUUGCUGCAUCUCUAGAAGGAGGAUAUACUUACCAGGAAGGAGACCCAGGGACAGAAAGAAGAGAAACUGGAAAAAAAAGGAUGCUGGAGAGCCAUGCCUUAAUGAAAUAAUGCUUGAGGAGGGACCUCAGAACAUGGGGCAACCCUACUGGAGGACAAUAUCUGAGGGUGAACUGGAGAUUGCACAAGCAGAGGCCAAACUAGCUCUUCCAUCAUGUAGCCAACCCUAUGACACAAAAACUCCAGAUCAGCACCUACUGGUGCCGAUGCAUGCUUUCAAACUGGAAGAAAGGCAGAAAGAAUGUGAAGGGAGAAAUAAUACAAAGACACAAGGCAAGGCACAGCAGCAAAAAGAAGGAUUAGACAGCCUGAGUGUAUUAUCUUUGGAAGCAGAAAAGAAAAACUUAGUGGCGGCUGUAUCAGAGGGUGUGCCCUUAGAAGAGGGGAAGGAGUCUUUAGCUAUGCCAGCCAAAAAACCCAGGCAAUCUGAAAGACCUGAAUUGCAGAGGGCUUUGCUACAGGGAGCAGCCUAUGAAAAGGAGCAACAAGAAGGAGGAGAGAAUGAAACUGUGACAUUGGAGAGUGUGCCUUGUAAGAAGGAGCUGAAGCAGCACCACCAUAACGCACUAUUCCAGGAGCGACAACAGUCUACAGAUCUAGAGCAAUUUAACAGCACACCGAUUGCCAAUGAAAAGAAGUCACAAGGAGGACAGAAUGACAUUAGUACUGAUUCUGAGGGUGUCACAUCCUUGCAGGAACUGCCCAACCAGCCAGGCAUACCAUGCAAUGAAGAACAUCAGCUUUUGGAGCAACAACCAUUUAUGGGCAUUACCCAUAAAGUGGAGAAACAAGUGAUGUGUGGAGAGAUGAAUUCUGUCUCUAAAGGAGAUGCCCACAGUGAAAACCAAGAUUACCAAGACUUGUUCCACCAGGAGGUGCAGCAGCUGGUAGAACUAAAAUGUCCAGACAUUUUGCCCACUAUGGGCACAGAGGAGAAACAAGAAGAGCAAGGGAUGCUCCAUCAUGUGGACCUAGUAACAGAAACCUCCCCUAAAGAGAUGGGGAAUGAUUGUCAACAUUUGCUUGAACAGGGACACCAGAUCCCUGUUAUACCACAAGCGAUAAGCUUUUCAUUCCAGGGCACAACCUACAGGAAGAAACAGGAAGAAGAACAAGACACCAGAAGCUUCCCAUCAGAUAAUGUUUUCAGCAAAACAGAAGACAAUCAAUACGAUUCCCACCAGGUGGCUUUCCAAGCAGUUGCCCCAAAAAACAUAACCACAUUGUCCCUUGGUACAACGUUUACCAUAAAUCCUCAAAAACUGGCUCAUAUGAAUUAUGCACCCGAGGAUGCUGUCGUCUACAUUACAGAGCAGAAGCACCUGGAGACACAGAAACUUCUUUUACUAGAACAAAUUAGCACACAACACCACAGUAUAACAGAUGAAAAAGAGCAGCAAGGAGGACUGGAUCAUGCACAUUUUGGAUCUAAGGAAAUUGCCUGUAUUGAAGAACAGGAGUACCAAGAGCCUGUUGUAUUCGAAGACAUUAGCAUGCUGACUGAUAAUAUAAGCUACGAGAAAGAACAGCAAAGAAAAUUGGACUGUGGAGAUACUGGGCCCGAGGGCAUUUGUGACAAGGAUGACGAGGAUCACCAGGCUGCUCUUUACUUGGAAAUGCAACAGCCUUUAGUACUUGCAAAGCUCAGCUCUUUGUCUUUGAAUGAAAAUUCUGAAAUAGAACAGUGUGUAAGCAAAGACAACACAGACAUUGGUGGCCUAGAAAGACACUCUCUGAAGGAACAGCAUGUGGGAUGGGAUGGCCAGAGCAGAUUGCUCAGUUUAAUGCCCUCUAAAGAGGAAGCAGCAACCCAGGAAGUGCAACAGCCCCCUGCAUCCCCACAGAUGAGAUGCAUCGCAGAAGGCCAGCAACUGGAGGCAUGGCACUGCCAGAAGGCGACUUCCUUACCACAUGAGGAGCAGCAGCAGCAGCAGCAAAGGGAACCAUUGAACCUGGGCAUGACCUGUGAGGAACACCAGAAGAAGGAAAAACAGGGUCUGUCAAGCACCACAUUCCCUUGUAACGUUACGGAGGGCGAGGGCCAUGUGUAAGGUGGAGCUUUUCUCCACUUGAGGCAAAAUCAUGUUCACCAACAGUCAGAAUUGCUACUUGCUCUGUCUCAGAAACUUUCUGCUGAAAUAUGAAAGCUUAAAAGAGAUACUAUUGGGUUUUUAAAAAAUUUUGUGCAAAGGUACAGUAUAUAUGUAGACAAAGACAAAAAGUAAACAAAACUGGAAAUAAUUGUUCCAUUA